UUUGAUACGCAUACGUGUCAAAAUCAGAUUCACUCCUUGAAUAAAACCCGGUCACUGAUCGCUCUUCUGAUCAUCUCUCUUUCACGUUCCAAAGAUCUCGCGAAGCAAGACGACGCCACUUGCCGUUCAGAGUGAGAAUUGGAUCGAACGGAGAAUCAAAACAUUUGCAGGAGAGAAAUUUGUAGAAGAUGUUGAGAGUCGCAGUGAGGAGGCUUUCUUCUAUCUGUUCGACGCAGCCGUCGUGGAGGCCCAAUCAGGCUGCCUUGUCAAUUGUUUCCAGCAAUCCGAUCAACAGCGGCGAUUCAUCCUCCUCAGACGAGAUUAAAUCAAAAGUCUUGAAGGAUUACUUUGCUUUCCGGCCUCACUUCCACCCUCCUCAGAGAGGUUUCUCUUCUGGAUCACUCACUCCAAGAAAUGAAGAUGGCAUAAUUUCAGAUGUUCCAGCAACAGUAGCAGCUGUUAAGAACCCUACUUCAAAGAUAACCUAUGACGAGUAUAACCAUGAACGAUUCCCUCCAGGUGAUCCCAGCAAGCGAGCAUUUGCCUAUUUUGUCCUUACUGGUGGCAGGUUUGUUUAUGCUUCAGUGAUCCGUCUCCUUAUCCUCAAGUUUGUGCUGAGUAUGUCUGCCAGUAAGGAUGUCCUUGCACUUGCCUCUCUUGAGGUUGAUCUCUCAGGUAUUGAGCCAGGUAGCACUGUGACAGUUAAGUGGCGUGGAAAGCCAGUUUUCAUCAGGCGCCGAACAGAGGAUGAUAUCAAGCUGGCGAAUAGUGUCGAUUUGGCAUCUCUUCGUGAUCCACAGCCAGAUGCAGACAGGGUCAAGGACCCAGAAUGGCUAAUUGUCAUUGGGGUUUGCACGCAUUUGGGUUGCAUUCCCUUACCAAAUGCUGGUGAUUUUGGUGGCUGGUUUUGCCCGUGCCAUGGCUCACAUUAUGAUAUCUCUGGUAGGAUUCGCAAGGGUCCAGCACCAUACAAUCUGGAGGUGCCUACUUACACCUUUUUGGAUGAAAACAAGUUAAUGAUUGGCUGAGGUUUAUACUUCACUGAAACAUGUUAAUUUGGGGAUAAUUUUUUUUUUUUUCUUAAUUGAAUCUGAUAAUGUCGAAGAGUUGUUGCAUAUCUUGUUUUGUGCCCCAAUUUAUAUGGGACGUGUUUAUUUUUUAGGGAUGUUAUGCAACUUAUUUGAGAUAUCAUUGUAAACUGUUGCUGUCAGAGCUGCUCGUAAUUCUGAAUAAGCUACUUUUGUCAAA